CUGACCAUGAAUGAUUUUAGUGUACAUAGAAUAAUAGGAAGAGGGGGAUUUGGUGAAGUGUACGGCUGCAGAAAAGCAGACACUGGAAAAAUGUAUGCAAUGAAAUGUUUAGAUAAGAAGAGAAUCAAGAUGAAGCAAGGAGAAACGUUAGCCUUAAAUGAAAGAAUUAUGCUGUCUCUUGUCAGUACGGGAGACUGUCCUUUUAUAGUGUGUAUGACCUAUGCCUUCCACACCCCUGACAAACUCUGUUUCAUUCUGGACCUGAUGAAUGGAGGAGAUUUGCACUACCACCUCUCCCAGCACGGAGUGUUUUCUGAAAAAGAAAUGAGGUUUUAUGCUACUGAAAUUAUCCUGGGUUUAGAACACAUGCACAAUCGCUUUGUUGUAUACAGAGACCUAAAGCCUGCCAAUAUCUUGUUGGAUGAACACGGGCACGUGAGGAUAUCAGACCUUGGGCUAGCUUGCGAUUUUUCCAAAAAGAAGCCACAUGCUAGUGUAGGUACCCAUGGCUACAUGGCUCCAGAGGUGCUCCAGAAGGGAACAGCGUACGACAGCAGUGCAGACUGGUUCUCGUUAGGCUGCAUGCUUUUCAAACUUCUGAGGGGUCACAGUCCUUUCAGGCAGCACAAAACCAAAGAUAAGCAUGAGAUCGACCGGAUGACGCUCACCGUGAAUGUGGAACUACCAGAUUCAUUUUCUCCUGAACUGAAGUCCCUUUUGGAAGGGCUCCUGCAGCGGGAUGUUAGCAAGAGACUUGGAUGCCAAGGGAGAAGUGCACAAGAAGUAAAAGAACAUCCUUUCUUCAAAGGCAUUGACUGGCAGCAAGUCUAUUUACAAAAGUAUCCUCCACCGUUGAUUCCUCCUCGGGGAGAAGUAAAUGCAGCAGAUGCUUUUGAUAUUGGGUCAUUUGAUGAAGAGGACACUAAAGGCAUCAAGUUGCUUGAUAGCGACCAGGAAUUAUAUAAGAACUUCCCCCUGGUAAUAUCGGAGCGUUGGCAGCAGGAAGUAGCAGAAACUGUUUAUGAUGCAGUAAACGCAGACACAGAUAAAAUUGAGGCCAGAAAAAGGGCUAAAAAUAAGCAGCUGGGCCACGAGGAAGACUACGCGCUCGGGAAGGAUUGCAUUAUGCACGGAUACAUGCUGAAAUUGGGGAACCCCUUCCUGACUCAGUGGCAGCGUCGUUACUUUUACCUCUUCCCAAACCGACUUGAGUGGCGGGGAGAAGGAGAGUCACGGCAAAACCUACUGACAAUGGAACAAAUAGUGUCUGUUGAAGAAACACAAAUAAAAGAUAAGAAAUGCAUCUUGCUGAGAAUUAAAGGAGGAAAACAGUUUGUCCUACAGUGUGAGAGUGACCCAGAGUUUGUUCAGUGGAAAAAAGAGCUGACGGAAGCUUUUACCGAGGCACAGAGGUUGCUGCGUCGGGCUCCAAAGUUUCUCAACAAAUCUCGCUCAACAGUUGUAGAGCUUUCAAAACCGCCGCUCAGCCACAGGAAUAGCAAUGGCCUGUAGGAGAGACAAAGUUCCCUUAGGGAGAGCAACUCGGUGAACAUGUUGAGUUUCACAGAAUCCUUACGAAUUACUUUGUGCAAUCCUGGACGCGGGAUGUGCUUAGAAGAGGAAGAAUUAGAUGUUUACAGCGUGGGAUAACGUCAGAACCCUGUCUCUGGAGGUUGUGAAGAGUGGAACAAUGGCAAGCGCAUUCGCGCUCCUCGCAGCGCGAGGAAAUGACCAAACGUAGA